GUUAAUUCUUUUAACAAUUAUUGCCACUAUUUGUGCGGAUUAUCUUUCUGAAAGCCUCACUGGUUUGGCCGAAAGUUGGAAUAUCUCAACUAAAUUUAUAGAUCUUAAACUAGAGGUGCAGUUUGUUGCAGAGAGUAAGAAGUUUAUUAAUGUAUACUGUGUUAAGCUAUAG